UGACGUCAUGCCCGGGAUCCCGAAAGAGGAACCCAGCCACGGAAGGACGAGGGCGAAGGAGCCUCGGGGGACGCCUGCCUCUCCCUCCGAUGCAGCCAGGAUGGCGCCCCGAAGGCUUGGAUUCAUGGUCUUGUUUCUUUGUUUUCAGAAAGCUGCUAAUGCAACAGAAGUCACUGGCAUAAUAGGAGGUUCUGUUGAAAUGAGAUGCCUUUAUACUGAAAAAGAACCGUUCAUCUUGAAUAAAUUUCGAGUACAAUGGCAAAAGAAAAACACAUUGUCUGACUGUUUCAUAGACGCUUAUUUGCCUGGUGAAGACAUGAAACUUCACCAAUGCCCAGAAUUCAGAAACAGGACUCAGUUCAGUGAACAACUGAAGAAAGGCAACUUUUCCCUGAGACUGUUGGACAUCAGACCUACAGAUGACCGCACAUAUGAAUGCUUAGUACAGAGAAACCAAACUGGAAAGUUUGAAUUCUUCACACGUUCCAGUGUAACCCUCAAAGUAGCAGCAAACUACAGCAAACCAGUUAUAACACUUCCUGUGCCAUCUGGCAAAGAACUGAUAUUUAUUUGCAAUUCUAGCCAUGGAUAUCCUUUGCAAAAUCUUAAGUGGAUAAAUAGAACUGACAACAGUGUUUUGAAUGCAACUGAAUGGCAUGCUGCAGACUCUGAUGGGACUUUCAGUGUUUCCAGUACAUUAAUGGUUAAAGCAACCUCUGAUACAAACUUAGAUUGUAUGAUUGAAAAUCAGCAGCUGCAUCAGACUAUAAUUACCACUUUUGACAUACAUAACUCAGACAUGCACCAUAAAAGCCACAUAGUUGUGGGUGUUGUGGCAGCUAUAAUAGCUGUUAUUGGAGUAAGUCUUACGCUAUACUGCCGGUGGAAUAAAAAGAGGUCUUCAGUUCAAAGAACAUAUAUUGAUUAAAAAGUGUUGUCUUCAUUUGAUCCAGAUGAGCAUGUUUUGACCCUUUACAAUAUUGAUGGAUGCCUUUUGAGAUUUUUCAAAAAAGAUUGAUCAAAAUCACUUCUAGGUGAUAAGAUGGGCUAUACAGAUGCUAUGGAGACUGGAAUAAUACCUAUGGGAGCUUCAUUAUGGUAUACAUUCAGCUCCUGAUGAAAUAGAAAACCUCUAGAGCUUUUGAACUGCUGGAGAGAAAGCUAAAUGACAUGACAACACUACUGUGAAGCAUUCCUUCAAAGAUGGGUCCAGGAGCUCCAACUAUUCACCAUGAAAGGCACAGUUCUCAGAGUGCAUAAUUGGAAGAUAAAGACUAGACUUCCGAAAGGGAUUCACUUUCUUGGACACAGCCCAGGACUGAUGCUACAGGAAACUAAGCACAAAUGCUUGGGUUACUUGAGGGCUGCUUCAUUUGGUACAAGACUUGGAUAAGUACAGCUCCAUGGAGGAUAAGCAUAAUAGCUAAUUGCUGCUGACUGAACUAUCUAAGCUUGCAGCAGGGAUGUAGUCAAGGGGGGAGUCCUUGGGGUCCGGAACCCCCCCCUUCCAUUAGAUAAAAUGAAUGGUGCGUGCUGCCGUGCCACUGCACCCAACCCCCAUUAUAAUGGUGGCAUUUAGUCUGGAUCCCCCCCUUCCCAAAAUCCUGGCUACGUCCCUGCAUCAGAGACGGUGUGAGACCAUGCAUUUUCAUGAGCAUUUCUCUAAAUAUAUGCAUUUCUCUAUGAACUAAAAUAUCAUUGAGUUUCAAUCUGCAUUAUAGGUCAGAAAGUACAGAUUGGAUGCAAACUGAAUGACCUUCUCCCCUAUUUGUUUUUAGCACUAACUGUACAUUUCAGCCUUGAUUGAGUCAGUUCUCCAUUAAUUUUGUUAGAAAGUCAACAGAACUCUCUUGAUAAUGUUGUUACAGGCUGUCUUCCAACUGAGUUGGAAAAGCAUUGGGGGGGGGGAGGAGAGAUUGUAAGUAAACUUGCCUGAACACCAUCUGAAGAGUACCAUCCUUCAUUGCAGAUAAACUGAAAACGUGCAUUAACCAAUUACUUUAUUUACACAUCUGGGAGACUACUUGGCUAUGGUUAAAAUCUUUGAGAACUGGGAUGUAUGUUUAUAUUUAAAACUGGUUUGUUUUCAUUAUAGAGUCUUCCAAAAUGCAUUUUUGUUACUUUCCAAGUUCUCAAUCUGAAAUAUGUGAAUAACUCUAUAAGUGUCACAACCCAAAAUAAAUUGUUCCUUAGUUUUCUA